CCCACGUGUUAUUUCAAAAAGAGCGGAAAUUAAUGCACUUGUGUCCACAACGUCUUCAACUUUAUAACUGUUUGCAUUUGCAUAUUGUGUUGUAUUGUGUCAACUUUUGCUUAGAAGUCUAACCUCGACAAGACUUUACUUCUCAGUUUCUGUUUUCAGAAAGUGAGAGCAUUUCUAAAAUCUCUUUCCCAGAGUGCUUUGCAUGGUCAACAUGGAGGAACUGACGGUGGAGGUCCGAGGCUCCAACGGAGCUUUUUACAAGGGCUAUGUCAAAGAUGUCCAUGAAGAUUCACUCUCAAUUUCCUUUGAAAAUAACUGGCAACCAGAGAGACAGUUUCCCUUCAGUGAUGUUCGGUUGCCUCCUCCCCCGGAUGCCAAGAAGGAUAUUGGUGAGGGGGAUGAAGUGGAGAUAUUCUCCCGAGCGAAUGACCAGGAACCUUGUGGCUGGUGGCUAGCUAAAGUUCGGAUGACAAAAGGAGAUUUUUACGUGAUUGAGUAUGCGGCCUGUGACGCCACCUACAACGAAAUAGUCACGUUUGAGCGCCUCAGGCCUGUGAACCAGAACAAGCCUGUGACAAAAAACAGCUUCUUCAGGUGCACUGUUCCGAUCCCUGAUGACCUCAAAUCAGCGUGUGAAAGUGAGCAGGCGCACAAGGACUUCAAAAAGGCAGUGGGAGCUAGCCGGAUAUUUUACUGCCCAGAAAAAGGCCAGCUGAUCGUUUUGUCCAAGAAUGAGUCCACAGUCAAGCGUGUUCCCCUGCUCAGUGACAUGCACCUGAGGAGCAUCCGCACCAAGCUCAUGCUGAUGUCUAGGAAUGAGGAAGCCACAAAACAUCUAGAGAGCACAAAGCAGCUGGCUUCUGCCUUCCAGGAAGAGUUCACGGUGCGCGAAGACCUGAUGGGCCUGGCUAUUGGUAGCCAUGGCAGCAACAUCCAGCAGGCCAGGAAGGUCCCUGGCAUCACCGCCAUCGAGCUGGAUGAACAGACUGGAACCUUCCGGAUCUACGGAGAGAGUGGAGAAGCGGUGAAAAAGGCAAGGAGCUAUUUGGAGUUUAUCGAAGACUCUGUGCAGAUUCCCAGGAAUCUUGUUGGCAAAGUAAUCGGUAAAAAUGGAAAAGUCAUCCAGGAGAUUGUGGACAAGUCAGGGGUUGUGAGGGUGCGCAUUGAAGGAGACAAUGACAAUAAGCUGCCCCGGCAAGAGCUUCACUCGCAUCACCAGGCGCAGGGAAUGGUCCCGUUUACGUUUGUCGGCACGAAGGAGAACAUUGGCAAUGCUCAGGUCCUGCUGGAGUACCACAUCGCCUACCUUAAUGAGGUGGAACAGCUGCGUCUGGAGCGUCUGCAGAUUGACGAGCAGCUCCGGCAGAUUGGCAUGGGCUACCGGCCUCAGCCCGGUCGCCCUGGAGACAAGGAGAAGGGCUACACCACGGACGACAGCGUGGGCAACAUGCCCCUGCACAACAGCCGCUCCUACUCCGGCAGGGGCCGCGGGCGCAGGGGCCCCAACUACACCUCUGGCUAUGGCACCAACUCUGACCAGUCCAAUGCCUCUGAGACGGAGUCGGACCGCAAGGACGAGCUGAGCGACUGGUCCCUGGCAGCGGAGGAGCCAGAGAGGGGCCCGAGGCAGCAGAGGGACAGCCGCCAGAGGCCUGGGCGUGGCCGCGGCAGGGGGGCCCCUUGGGGCAGAGGCCGAGGAGGAGGAGGCCGAGGAGGAGAAGGAGGGCGAGGCUCCAACUACCACAUGAGCAAUGUGCUUCGUGACCCUGACGGUAACCCGUACAGCUUGCUGGACAACACCGAGACGGACCAGACGGCCGACACGGACGCCAGCGACUCGCACGCCAGCAGCGCAGGAAGCCGCCGCCGCAGGUCCCGCCGCCGCCGCACCGAUGAGGACGCCACCCUGAUGGACGGCAUGAGCGAGUCCGACAACGCCUCGCUCAGCGAGAACGGCCUGGAUGACUCAGAGGCCAAGCCACAGCGCCGCAACCGUAGCAGGCGACGCCGCUUCCGCCCACCUGAGGAGAGGCAGCCAGUGACCGUGGCGGAUUACAUAUCACGGGCUGAAUCUCAGAGCAGACAGAACCCGAAGAACCCGAAAGAUAUGAAAAAGAAAAAGGAUGUGGGCCAAGUGGACGCGAUCGCAGAGCACAGCAGCCCCUCAGCAACCACGAGUAAUGGCCCGAGCAACAAAGGCGGAGACGCCGGGAAGCCUCAGCGGUCCUCCACUGACAGGGCAGCAAAAGUCAGUUACCAGGACAACGGAAAGAAGCAGGCGGUCAUGAACGGGAUCUCCUAAAGUGUGUGUCAUCGUCUUUGUCCGUUUCCUUCUUCUUUUCUUUCUUUUUGAAAAUAACAACUCCUCUCUAACCGUAACAUUUUUACAAUAGUGCUUGUACAAGCUUGCCAAAGAUAGACAUAUGGACUUCCAGAUUUCUCUACUGCACUUUUCAGUUCCUUCACCAUGGAACACAAAAGAAACAUGGAACAUAAAAAGAAGGGUUGGGAAGGUUUUGAUUAUGAACGAGGAGGAAACUAGGAGAAAUAAAUAAAUGAAUAAACGAACACACUAAGUUGCGCCUAAUGAUGUUAAAUACAUGAUCAGAUGUUGUUGUGCCUUGGGAGUCAAAGUUGGCCGGUUCUUUUAACACAUAUUUGGAAAUUAAGACGAUGACAAUGGGGAAAGUUUAGAGAUCUUAACAUUUAUUGAAGUUAGCUGCUUUUUUGUUACAUUUUAAUAUGCAACCACUUCUUCAUAUGUGGACAAAACUAGGAAAUGCAGUCUGGAAAAAAGAAAAAAAAAGUUUUGCACUGAAUUGUAACACUUUCCCUUUAGAAAUCUUGGUCUGGAAACUGGUCUGUUUAUUGUUGUUGUCCAUUUCAAAUGCUUCAAGAAAAGCACUCCGCUGAAAAUAUAAUUUUUUUUCAUACUUUGACAGGAAGGUAAUUGACGGUGACUGUUUUUUGCAAAAGAAGCCUUUUUCGGUUUAUUUAUUAUGAAAUGUACAGUAUUUAAAAAAGUAAGCAGUUAUUUUCUGUCAACACUAAACUGGCUGAACGCACUUGCACGCAGGUGGCAAUUUGGACUACUGAAAGAUCGAUUUCCAGAUUUCUGUUAUGUAAACUACGUUUGUUAGUCCUUAUUUUUUUUUAAAUGAUCAUUAUGGUUGUUUGAUGUGCAAUAUGUUUUGUAUGCAAGUAGUUCUUAAAUAAAAUUUGAUCUUCCAGACAAUGUU